AUGGUAUUCACUCGUGUUGUAUUUAUUCAAAGGCGUGCAAAUUUGGCUCAAAUAGAGCCUACAUCUGGACCUGUGAUUUAUCAAGAGCCUAAAGACUACGUGCCACCUAUAUUUGAGCGAAGACUCUCAGCCGCAGCGGAUCUUGGCACGCACGCGUCAUGGGACAAUUUGCAACCCUUGUCUGUGGCCUUUGAUCGAGACAUUUCUGCGCAUGUACGCUCAUCAGAAAGCGUGCAAGAAAUGACGACUAGCGCAGUUGGUCCUCAGCAGCCGCCUGCCGGCAGUGUUCAAGCGACAUUUCUCGUUUCGCUUCCAACACCAUCUAUGAAGUUUCCUGCUCAUUUGCGUCGCCGCGGUCCAUCUCAUGGUAUGCAAACGAGCGAAAUUGAUGGAUUAACAUAUGUGAAUGCUCGAAAUUCAACCGAGAAAAAUACCACGAUGGAUAUGUCUGAUAACGUCACAGACAAGUUGCGGCGCUCAGCAAGUUUCCGAAGUGCAUUAUCAGGCAAGGAACUUGGGGAUGCUCGAAGAGAAGCGUUCCUUAAUCAAAUGGAAAUGACAGCCACAGGUGGUGUUCUACCGCGGCGGGUUCCAUCUGUUCGCUCCAACUUAUCCAGUACAAACCAAGCGGUCCUCGAUCGUCAUGAUACUCUCACGCACGAGGACGACGAAGCCAUAGGCUCGUUUGCACUUGGUUCUUUGGCUAUGAAUGUGAGGCAGACACUUGUCGAGAAGGCAGGAUCACAAAUUCCUUUAACAAGCGACGAACUGACAAAUAUUAUUCAUCAUGCUCAGCUCGUUCGAAAAAAUUACGUAUCACAAGCUCAACAGUGA